CAGGUGGUCUGAGACGCUGUGGGUUCAGAGCAGAGAGGAAUCCCCCAGCUGCUCCCGCUACAUUUCAUUUAGCAGGUUAGACCCUCAUCAAGUCCUCAACGCCUCAACAAUACCCACAACCACCCUCCACCAAACCCACGCUCCCCUGCCAUCACAUUUGGACCCGGAGCGGCGUCACUGAGAGGUCCGGUUACGGCGGGGAGCAGAGGACCGACCAGGAGCUGAGGAAAGGAACCGCUCAGGUGGAGAUGCCUGGCUCCGCAUGACUGGGACAGAGGCCGAGCUCUUCGCUGGAAUCUCUGGAAAAUUGAUCUGCCCCUUGUUUUCCUGCCUGACAGUCGACCGUGUGGGCACAGUGAUCCAGAAGGUGGUCACCACGGCAACAAGGCUGAAGGAAACAGAGAGCGGGAAGUAGAGGAAGAGGAGGAGGAGGAGGAAGAACAGGACGCCGUCUCGCUGCAGCCGACAUGUCGGCGGUCCGAGCUGUGGCCGUCCUGCUACUGCUGAGCUGCUGCUGCUUCAUCUUCUUCACCCCCACCUGUGCCGGUGAAGGAAGUAACUGCAGCUGCAACGUGACCAACAGCCGCUGUGAUGAGUUUGGAGUCUGCAGGUGUGAUCCAGGCUGGGAGGGUGAGCUGUGCGAGCGCUGCAUGACGAUGCCAGGGUGCGUGCACGGUUCCUGCCUGCAGCCGUGGCAGUGUACGUGUCAUCCAGGCUGGGGCGGUCGAUUCUGUGACAAAGACCUCGGCGUUUGCUCCCAGCAGCCCUGCCACAACGGCGCCACCUGUCUGAUGCAGGACAGCGGAGACUUCCGGUGUGUUUGCCCAGAGGGUUUCCAUGGUUCCACCUGUCAGAAGAGGAUCGGACCCUGUCACCAGAGAAGGUCUCCCUGUAAAAAUGGCGGCCUGUGUGAGGACGCUGACGGUUUCGCGGCAGAGCUGGCGUGCCGCUGCCUCGCAGGGUUUACGGGGCGGCACUGUGAGACCGACGUUGACGACUGUCUGAUGGGACCGUGUGCCAGCGGCGCCACCUGCGUGGAUGGAGUGAACCGGUUCUCCUGCCUCUGCCCGGCCGGAAUCACGGGGCGUUUCUGCACGGUCAACAUGGACGACUGCAUCGGUCAGCCAUGCCUGAACGGCGGCCGCUGCCUGGACCGCGCAGGAGGCUUCCUCUGCCUCUGCCGGCCGGGAUUUACCGGCUCCACCUGCGAAAACCCGCCCAGCCCGCCUAAUGCCAGCCAACCGGUCUGGACCACUCAGAGGCGCGACGGUGGUCGCCGUGAUGACAGGAAGGUGAAGGUAACCGUGAAAGAGCGUGGUGCCACUGGACUGUCAGACCUCCAGCUGGUCGUUGUUUUGGUGUUAGCUGGCGUGACUCUCGGUGUGGUGACUCUAACCGCCGCUUUCGUCCUGCGGAGCCGCUGCCGGCGUUCUGGCGAUGCCCCCAGCCGCUCGUCACCAUCCUCCUCCCAGGGGGCGGGAACAAGCAGUCUGCAAGAGGCUGGCGAAGUGCCUGAGCAUCGGAUCAGCUUCUUGAACUCAACAGAACCACAGAAGAAGAAACUCAACAUAGAGGUGAUUUAGGCUGAAGGGCAACAGGAGAAUGAACUCAAUAGUGACAUCAUCAUGAUGAUGUCAUACUGCUCUUCACAGCACCAAAACUGGACCUGACCCGAUCAGAACUUUGUUCAGUCAUCACUUUAACUACCUUCAGUCCAAACUCAGGGAUGCAAACUCUGCAGGAGCCCAACCAUCCAAGCCAAGCUGUUACCACGACAACCAGCACUGAAGCAUCAGAUCCAGAUUCCCAGGACAGGGUUCUGAUUGGGUUAUGGGUUCACUGACCCAAUUAAGUCUGGUUCUGGUUCCUUUCAGCUGCUUUAAUGUGUAGAAAUGGUCGGACUGAGUCGGUUUAACUUUGGGACCAAACCGUAAACGGUUCUGAUCAGAUCCCAUCGCCAUGGUUCCCAUCGCCAUGGUUCCCAUCGCCAUGGUUCCCAUCGCUGGUUGAGCUGCUCACCAUUGCAGGUAGUUUCUGUAAAUACUGUAAAAAUAUUUAUUUUUUCUUGUACAGAUUUAGUUUGGUUCUGUUGGAAUGAGCGUCUCCUGCUGAGACAGAAGUGGACUCGGGUGACCAGAACUUACCAGAACUGCAUUGAUGGUGUUAAAGUUUUUUUUGAUUGCGGGUCGGUUCUACAGAACUCUUUUGUCUUUAGAUGUUCUGGUCCGGAUCAGGGAGCUCUGGACCCGACCGCAGCAUGGGACGCCACUAUUUCAUUGGAAGAAGAAGAACUUUGGUUCUGCAGAACUGUGGGACCAUCGAAGAACAGAACUCAAAGCUGAUCAGAACCAGAACAGGAACUGGUUCUCUGCUUAUCCAGACCCAUUAAUCCAAUGAGGAAAUCUGGUUUCCAGGGAAACCCUCUGGAUGUUUCUGGUCCUUUUGCUGUUAAAUUAAAUUAAAAACACAAACAUGGCUGAAAGAAAAGAAAUACUAA